ACCCCGUCGCUAUUUCCCUCCGCUAAAUCCCCACCAAACAACAGGAGAUCAAAACUGUAUUCACCAUUUGUGACGAAAGCCACGGUGGCGCCGGGGACCUCGUCGGCGGAGAAGAAGAAGAAGAAGAAGAAGCCGGCGCUGGACGAGAAGGUGCAGAAGAUCCAUAGCGCGACGGAUUUCAACGACGCGCUGAAGGCGGCCAAGGACAAGCUGGUGGUGGUGGAGUGGGCCGCCAAGGACGAGUCCAAGAAGAAGCGGGAGAUCUUUAUACACGAGGAGGAAGAGAUCGGGCCAGACCAGCUGAUGGGAGACGUGCUAUACUACGGCGACAACCACGACACGGUGGCGAAGCUGCACUGCCGCGAGGACGUGGAGAAGCUAAUCGCCGACCAUAAAGAGGACCACAAGCUCAUCGUGUUGGACGUCGGGCUCAAGCACUACGAUCCCUGCGUCAAGGUCUACCCGGCGGUGCUGAAGCUGUCGCGGUCGAUGGCAGACACUGCGACGUUCGCGAGGAUGAACGACGACGAGAAUGACAGUUGCAUGGCGUUCCUCAAGGACAUGGACGUGAUCGAGGUGCCGACGUUUCUGUUUAUACGGGAUGGCGAGAUCAAAGGGAGGUACGUC